AGUGUUUUCACGUCGCGUGCAUGACUGCUGUUGAUCUCGACCAUGAAUGAUGGCAGGGAACGCGUCUUCAAACAAGGAACAUCCCCUUGCGGGUGUGGUCCUCUGCUUCACCUCUAUUCUACCGGAACAGAGGACCGAGUUGGCCACCAUCGCUGGUGAAAUGGGAGCGACCCAUAAGUACGACCUUACCUCGGACGUCACGCAUUUGCUUGUUGGAGAAAUCAACACACCUAAAUACAAAUUCGUCGCACGUGAGCGACCAGAUGUGACUGUUCUCAGACCGGAGUGGGUUCAAGCCGUGCGGGAAUCGUGGAUGCAGGGCGGAGACACAAACAUUCGAGCGCUAGAGGAGCGGUAUAAACUUCCAGUCUUUGAAGGUCUCUCUAUUUGCAUAACCGGAUUCGAGGAUAUGUCCUUUCGAGAGCAUAUGGAGAAGACAGCUGUCGCACAUGGUGCUGAAUUCAAAAAGGACCUAACGAAAAGUGUUACACAUCUCGUUGUGAAGAACACAAAUGGGGAGAAGUAUAAAUAUGCAAUGCAAUGGAAUAUAAUACUUGUCACCCUUAAAUGGUUCAACGACAGUAUAAAGCGGGGAAUGGUGCUUGAAGAGGCUCUAUACCAUCCAACGCUGCCAUCAGAAAAACAGGGUGUCGGGGCCUGGAAUCGCUUUGUACCGGCUGUUAAAUACAAGGUUCAAGAACAUGACAGUCUGUUAAAUCCACGACCAAGAAAGUUGCGCAGGAUUGCAAGCGACAAAUUGGGUGGUCAAAAUGAAGGUAUCUGGAACGAUAUUGUAGGGUCUGGAAAUUCCGAGCCAAGAGGUUCUAGAAAUAGCCAACAGAGGGACGAUUUUAUAAAAACUUCACGACCUCCGCUAGUGGUUCAAGAGACGAAAUCGUUUGCUAGUGAGACCACCUCUCCUGACGCUCAGAAGCCUCCCGCGCAGUCCACUGUUCAGGCAGCAGCUGGUCAUGCCGAUGGCUUUCUUCACAGUUGCUAUUUCUUCAUUUACGGGUUCUCUGCGAAGCAGGUAAAUGUGCUGCGCCAUCACCUCCAAUUCAAUGGGGCCCAGUUAGUUGGCUCCUUACAUGAAUUCUCUCGUUCCGAUAUUCCAAAAAAUGGGUAUGGUCUGUAUACUAUCGUUUCUUAUAAGACUCCUCGAUCGGAAAUCCCGUCAACAGAUGACUUGGCGUUCGAAUGUGAGGUCGUAACGGAUAUGUGGCUGGAACGGUGUCUGGAUGCAAAAGCCUUGGUUCCGCCAGAAUUUCAUGUUGGGAGCACUCCGUUUUCAAAAUUUCCUCUACCAGGUUUUCAUGGGAUGAGAAUAUGCUCCACGGGCUUUGCGCGGAUUGAUCUUUUACAUCUUUCGAAAGUCGUUGCCUUAAUGGGCGGUCUUUACGAUGAGUAUCUGACCCCGAAAGCAUCUGUUCUGAUAUGCAAUGACCCCCGAUCUGUGAAUCAAGAGAAGCUACGCCAUACACGUGAAUGGCGGAUUCCAGUAGUAUCGGCAGACUGGCUCUGGGACUCAAUCCGAGUUGGCCUAAAGAAGCCACUUGAGCCAUACAUCGUUCAGAGAGCUUCAUCGCAGGACAGUGAAGCCAUACGAACGGGAUCAAACUGUCUUUCGAAGAAAGAACGCCCGCCCCAUGAUGUUGAACUAACAAAUAGAAACCCUAGACACACGGAUAAAGAUAGUAGCCUGCCACCAAAAACCCAGAACCCUUCUGCAGCUCCACAUCCUGAGAAGCAUAGUACGACCAAAAGGCAAAUCGAGCCUGUGAUGGGCGAUGGCUUUCUCAGAGAUUCCAAUAGAACACAGAAAGGGGAUACUACAUCGAAGUUCAAUUCACAGUCUUCGUCAAAAGAGCAAAACGAGUCUUCUCUGUCAGAGACUGCGCCUAGAAAACGGUCUGGCUCAAACCAAUCAAUGUCUUCAGGGGUAACAUCCGCCUUUGGCCUUGCGCUAAAUGGGCUCCUUAAACAGGCGAGAGCCGCGAAUGCGCGCUCCCUAGCCGAAUCAGGAGAGAAGAAUGACACCUCUGGCCGGAGAAAACGAAUGCCACUUAUUGGGAGAGCAAAUUCCACAACUGAUCAAUCCAUCUUCUCGCGAGCGAGCUCCAUUGACACCCUCAACGAAGACGGAUGCGGCAGUGCCAUCGAGAGUGUCAAUACAGAUGGGAAUAACACGAACACGCGUGCAAAUAGCGCGAACGGCCUUCAAAGUUUCACAUCCUUGCUCAGUGGUGCAAGACUUGAGUUUACCGAGGACGCUUCCCUUUACCCUCCGUACGAGGAAGAUGAAGACCAGACCCCUGCCAUGACACAGCUUGAUUACGAAGACCCAGAUGCUGCGGCAAUGAGACAAGAGUUCCUCCAGUCUGCGGGCAGGAUAAAUAAUAAACCACCUGCUGAAGGGGCCAUAGUAGGUGAGCUCAAGGAGCUAGAAGAUGCAGGAUGGGGCAAUGGUAGGAGAACAAGGCACGCAGCGAAGGUAGUUGAAGGAUGA